AGAUAGUAUCCGAGUUAAUGGAAAGGGAAUUGAUUCAAUGGUUCAUCUCCUCUUGUAUAAAGUUAUAUUCUGUAUAUAAACUUGCUUAUUGUGAGUCUCAUAUCUCGUUGUUAUUCGUGCGUCAAAGUUUCCUUCAUUGCAAAGCUAUUUGCCUUCUGAGUUAGGAUACUAUGACUCUGGCUAAUGAUUUCGGAUAUUCAACCACUAUGUCUUCAUCUUUUUCAGCUCUUCAUCUUACUGUAGAAGACAGAUACCGCAAGUUUCCUAACUCUUUCUGGGUAUCAGGGCAGGAACUGAUGAAUAACCCUGUACCCUGUCAGUCAGUGUCUGGCGGCAAUUCUGGAGGGUAUUUAUUUUCUUCUUCCUCCGGAUUCUGCAAUGUUUCAGCAGUGUCACCUCUUGGAAGGAAUUCGCAAACCCAGCCACCUGUUUCCACCGUGCCAAGAGACAGAUUAGCUAUGCAGGAUUGCACUUUGGAAGCACAAUCCUCCUCACUGAUCAAUCAUCAUCAGCCUCAAGAGUUCACAGAUCCACUUCAGGAGUUCUUUGAUUUCUCUGAUCAUGUUCCUGUUCAACAUCUACAAGCAGAGGAAAGUAGCGGUGUAAGGAUGGACUCAUCCGUGGAACUCCACAAGAAAAGCGAAUGGCAAGAUUGGGCAGAUCAGCUGAUUUCUGUUGAUGAUGGUUCAGAGCCAAAUUGGUCUGAUUUUCUUGGAGAUCCACGUUCCCACAAUCAAAAUUCAGAGAUACCGAUACCAUUUUCUGAUGUACCAAGGCAAGAGAUAAAAGCUAACCAGCAGCAUCAGAUGGUUUUGUCUGAGGAGCAGCUUAUUGGGAGAAACGCAUCAUCUAGUGUAGCAACAUCUAAACAACGCAUGCGUUGGACACCAGAACUUCACGAGGCAUUCGUUGAAGCUGUUAAUCAGCUCGGUGGUAGUGACCGAGCCACCCCUAAGGCUGUUUUGAAGCUCUUGAAUAACCCUGGCUUGACCAUUUAUCAUGUAAAAAGCCAUUUGCAGAAAUACAGAACGGCAAGGUAUAAACCAGAGACUUCAGAAGUUACAGGAGAACCUCAAGAGAAGAAGUUGACAUCUAUCGAAGAUAUCAAAUCUCUUGACAUGAAAACGAGCGUUGAGAUUACACAAGCUCUAAGGUUACAAAUGGAAGUUCAGAAACGUCUUCAUGAGCAGCUUGAGAUCCAACGGACGCUGCAGUUACAGAUUGAAAAACAGGGCCGAUACCUACAGAUGAUGUUUGAGAAACAACAAAAGAUACAAGAGAACAAGAGCUCUUGCUCAGAAGCAUCACCUAAGCAAUGCAACGACACAUCUGCAGAAGUCGAAUUCGGUCUUGACACACGAACAGUGGAACAAGCUGAAUCUCCUUCAGCAUCAAGGAAACGGGUCAGAGAAGAUUAAAACACUUUUAAGGUUGGCUGAAAGAUGUUUAUUGGAAAUUAAUUGUGGAAACCCAAAGAUGCAACAACUCCAGUUUUGUUAAAGGAAUGUCUUUUCCUAGCUCAUUGUUGGUCAGUUUAGAAACAGUUGCUUUGGCCCUGCAACACUAACUGAGACCACUGUAUAUAUAAUAUGAUUUUGACAAGUCUAAUGGUUUUGACAGCUCCGUAUUUUUAGAAUAUAGUUUCAUGAAUUGGUUGUAUUCAGAUUUAAAGGUGGAGGUUCGGUUUCAAUGGUUUUUUUGUAAGAAAUAUGAGUUUUAACAUGGCUGAUCAUGUCUAGAA